CCAAUUUUAUGUGUCCGUACAGUACUCAAUAUCAAGCACGACAUUUAUUCAAAUUAUUCACGAAAAUAGGACAUGUCAGCCAAUAUACCCAAAUCUCCAAAAUAAAUCAAACUAAGCUAUAUGAAUCCUGACAUUAAAUGUUGUUUGGUGAAACUGCAGCGAUGUUAAACCAGCUUAUGGCGUCCAUCGUAACAACGGUCGGGGAGAAGAUCGUAGGUUACGCAGGGGACGAGAUAAAGACCAUAGUCGAACUCAAGUCCAUUUUAAACUCUCUGCAAGCAAAAGUCUACUUAUUGCAUGCUAAAGCAUCGGAUUUUGAGGAUCAUAUCAAGAAUGCGGAGCUAUUGGGUAAAAAGAAAAGAAAACGAGAAGUUGCCAACUGGUUGGCCGGUGUGGAACUAAUUAGAAGCGAACUUCGCGAACUGCACAGUGAAGUACAAACACAAGGAUUUGCUCAAAUUUUCCUAGGUGGAGAUCGAGCGAAGAAGCUGAACGAAAGACUCGACACACAUGUUCAGCAGUGUAUACAUUUCGGUGAACUCGUGCUCGAUGUUUACCAGACUAAGGAGGCGCCGUUUGCCGAAACUAAGCUAGUAGGUCACACCUAUGGCGACAUUUUGAGUAAAAUAUUGAAGUUAUUGGUGGAAGAUCGAGUGGCAAGUGUCGGGAUUUACGGUAUGGGUGGUGUGGGCAAGACGGCUUUGAUGAAGCACAUUCACAACCGGCUUCUAGAAAGAUCCGGUCAAGAAUGUGUCAUCUGGGUCACGGUCUCUCGAAAGUUCAGUAUAAGGACGUUACAAGUUAGAAGCCCAUGCGGUAGUUUGGAUCUCGAGAAUGAGUUCGAUGAAGACAAAAGAGUUGCUAGAUUGAAACUCGCCUUGUCCCAGAAAACAACGAACAUUGUGUUGAUAUUGGAUGACGUGUGGGAAUUUAUAAGCAUGGAAAAGAUCGGAGAUUUGUCACGUCUGUUGGGUUGCCGGGUGGUUAUCACAACUCGGUCCAUGAAAAUUUGUCAUGAAAUGGAUUGCCAACAAGUUAUUGGAGUGAAGCCACUAGAUAUGGAUGAAGCAUGUGAGUUAUUCACCCAAGUGUUGGGGCGAAAAACAAAAUUGGAUCCGAAAGUGGAAGAAAUUGCAAACUCCAUGGUGAAAUUGUGCGACGGUUUGCCUCUUGGGGUAAUCGCACUAGCUAAGAGCAUGAGGGGCGAGAAUGCCAUUCACGCGUGGAGGAACGCGUUGGCAAAACUCGAGAAAUGCGUUAUUAUGGGACUAGAUGAAAUAUUGGGGGACGAGGUUUUUAAAGUACUUGGAUAUAGUUUUGAUGCACUGGAUCCGAAGCGUCAAAUGCGAGGAACGAGUAACGGUCACACACCGUUACAGCGUUGUUUCUUGUAUUGCUCUUUGUAUCCGAAAGGUCACCGAAUUGAAAGAGAGGAACUAGUUAGAAAAUUCAUUUCCGAGGAUUUGGUGGACAAAACAAAGUGCACGACCGAACAAAUCGAUGAGGCCCACUCGAUACUCGAUAAAUUAGUGAAUGUUUGCUUACUGGAAGAGACGGACGGUGAGGAUUGCGUGAAGAUGCACAAUCUAGUUAGAGGCAUGACUUUGAAGAUCACUCAAGGUGAAAAUGCAGGAAACCCCGCUUUCAAAGAAAUUCCGGUUGAAGAUGAAAUGGCCGAAUUUUUUUUAGGAAAAUGUAAUUGAUGCACGUUGGCGUAGAGGAAUUUCCGUCUCCAAUUUGUCCCAAGCUCUCCUCAACGUUGCUUCGAAAUGGGAAUCCAUUGAAAUUUAUUCAAGAUGCGUCUUUCCCGCUAAUGCGCUUUCUCGUUUAUGCACUGAUUUUCUGCACGAUUCUUGGGCACGUUGGUACUUUACAGAAGGAUGCAUGAUUCUUACUUAAUCAAUGUCAUAGAUUUAAAGUUUUCAUAUAUCGAAAAUAACUGCAAUUCUGUAAUCUUCUAGUUAUGUACGGAUUUGAUUCUCACUAGUAUAAAGUUCUUUUUCUUUGUUUUAUGUAUUUCUUUGAAGCAGAAAUGUUCUUGUACGAAGAUAUACAUGUGGUACCAUUUCAUUGGAUAUUUU